ACCACCCAUUUAAAUGCUCUCGCUGGAGUCACACACGGUCACGGAGUUUGGAUUGGAAGACGACCGAAGCAUUUCAUUGUUAUCUGCUUUUGUACAUAUAUAGGUGUAUAAAACUUAAAGUUGAUUUGAUACAGCUUGAGAGAUUAAAAGGAAAAUAGAGCGGACUGCACGUGGAACAUCUUGAGCUUUAAGCAAACAGUGUAAAAUGGGUGCCGGUGAAAGCAAGCUGUCUGUGGCAUCAACACCAAAGCUAGAGCCGAGCCAGCGGCCGAGAGCAGCGCGAGUAGCGAGACUCUCAGACCCGCGUUCACCGUCCUGCGCUAUCGACCGCACACCUAUACAGGUGGGCGUGGCUUACUCUCCUCUUCCUGUGGCGGAGUCAGUCGGGCCUGUGUUUGACCCCCGCUCACCCACACCUGGCAUCACUCGAACACCAGUAAAGGUGUCCUUCCUCCAUCAGGUGACUUCUGCACUUCCAGAGUCGAGCCAUGAGCAGCAGGAGGAGAGCAAGCCUCCCACACCUCAAUCUGUUGUCUCCAGCAAAUCCAGCCCAGUUGAAAUGGUCCAGUCUGGCAUCCGUUGUCUGAAGUUUGACACCCGCAGCCCGAGUCAGGCCAUUUUUAAGCCCCAGUGGUUGGGCGUGGGCUUCGGGAGCACUGGAGUCAGAGCGAGAGGGGUACAGGCGCGUGGAAAAACAUCGGUGUCCUCACCACUCUCCACCAAAAACACGGCCACAAAUGAGAAUAACAACAUGGUUGUGCGCACCAAACAGAGACCAAGAGAAAAAGUUCUGGUUGGUGAGGGCAGAUCGCCUCUGCAGAUCCUGAGGGAGGCUAAUUCACCCAGAGACCGCAACUCCCAGAUGAAGUUGAAAGUGUCCACCCCUGAAAAACAGAGAUUCAGCCAGAUGGACAGGAGAGCUCUGAUUCUGUCACUCAACAAGGAGAACGAGUGAGACGAACCGAGCAGACCAGGAUAAAUCCAGCCAACACUAUGUAUACAUGAUCAUUCUUUUUUCCUAUUCUUUACCCUUUC